ACUUAAUUUCGCGUAUACCUAAUUGAUCGUUUCCGAACGUUAAAGAAGAAUGUUUUAGUUGUGAGUGUAGCGUAAUUAUUAAAACGUCAGAUAUUAGCUUUAAACAGGAUUAUGGAGUGCGACAUCACGAGGUAAAAGGUAUAAGAGGUUUUCGGGAUAUCGAACUUUAUAAAGGGUAAUGAAUACGUAAUAUCUAUAAAUAGACAAUGGUGUGAUUUGUUGAAUUUUCAUUUGUUGCGAAUAUAAUAGCUUCAUACUUACUGUUUUAAGUUUUCUUUCAUCUGUUGUUCUACUGUGAUUAAAUAUGAAAUUCAUAUUUAAACAUUUGGAAUGAAGACAUUUUAAAGAUGAACCUUGUGCACCUACUUGUUUCAUAACACUGUGAAUGGAUUAAAGAAGAUACAUUUCCAUAUAUUGAUAAAGAAUAGAUGGCUGCACAACAUACAGAACCAGAAAUGGAGGUUUGGCGAAACGUCUUCGAUCAAAACACCAGGAAGCUUAAAAUGUAUCUCAUCCCCGAUGAAAUCAUUCACCUGGACACUGGGUUCGAAUUAUUCUCCUUCACUGACAUUCGGGAUAUUAAGGAAGAGACAAAUACAACAAAGAAAAACGAAGCAAUUUUAACAAAAGUAAGAUCAAAAGGCGAAGAUGCUUACAAAGACUUCAAAGAACGUCUUAAAAUUACAAAUCAAAGCAAGCUUGCAGAUCUUUUGACUUAUACAGAGAGGGGAUUAAGUACAGAGGAGAUAGAGCAACAACUGGACAAAAUGUUAAAAGAACAAAUAACACGUACGGAAUAUGAUAAACAAAAAAGAGAUGAAACAAGGCAGGACAGACAGAAGAAAGGAAACAUUUUUCAGAGGUUUUUUGAGAGGAGACGUUAUAACCGGAUGAAAACAA